CUUCGCUAAAGUCUGGUAGUUCCGUGAAAAGAGGUAAUUUUCUGCAGAAGUUUUCAAUAGCACGGUGAAUCCUAGUCGUGAAGCCAACCGGAGCGAUUGGGUAGUGUUGGCUAAUGUGUUAAAAGGGUGGAGCUGGCGGGCCAUGUUCAUCUCGGCUGGUUGAUAAAUCCCAGGCCGGAUUAGUCUACUGAGCCGUCACAUGGGAGAAACGGAGCCGAGAAGGCGGACAUCUCCGCUGAAGAACCUGGCGGCCGGCGGGGUCGGCGGAGCCUGUCUACUGCUAGCGGGACACCCGCUAGACACGAUUAAGGUCUGUCUACAGACCCAACCCAGAGGGACCUGCAGCCAGAAUGUCAUGUAUAGAGGAACAUAUGACUGCUUUAUUAAGACGGUGUCCAGAGAGGGGCUUCUGGGCCUCUACAAGGGCAUGGCAGCCCCCCUGGCUGGUGUGACCCCCAUGAUGGCCAUCAGCUUUUUUGGCUUCAGCCUCGGGAAGCAGCUGCAGCAGCCAGACCCCUACACUCCUCUCACGCAUUCCCAGAUAUACCUAGCUGGGAUGUUGGCCGGCACCUUCACGACUGUUAUUGUGGCUCCGGGGGAGAGAAUCAAGUGUUUACUGCAGGUACAGUCAACAGCAGGGAAGCGGAAGUAUACUGGCCCAGUAGACUGUGUGAUUCAGCUUUUUAAGGAACGCGGCAUUCGCAGUGUCUACAAGGGAACCAUGCUCACACUUAUCAGAGAUGUGCCUUCCACUGGUUUGUACUUCCUGACUUACGAGUACUUGAAGAAAUUCCUGACUCCUGAAGGCCGAAGUGUGAAUGAGCUGAGCACACCACAAAUCCUUUUGGCCGGUGGUGUGGCAGGAAUUUUCAACUGGCUGGUUGCUCUUCCACCAGAUGUGCUAAAGUCCAACUUCCAAACAGCUACAGAUGGUCAAUACAGGGGUCUGCGAGAUGUUCUCCGGAAGCUGAUUCAAGAGGAGGGUGCAUCUGCGCUCUAUAAAGGCUUCAACGCUGUGAUGCUGAGAGCUUUCCCUGCCAAUGCGGCAUGUUUUCUGGGUUAUGAAGUGGCCAUGAAGUUCUUGAACUGGGCAGCUCCAGACUGGUAGUGAGCAUGGACCUCAGCUCUGGGACCACAAUCAUUGAGCCAAAUAAGGAGAUGAUGGACUUUCAUCUUAUAAAACAAUUUUGUUAUAUCCUGACAGUGUUUACAUUUUUGUGAAGUGAAAAAUAUAACAUCUUUUUAUGGUGUAUGCAAAACUAUGUGCUCACUGAAAAAUGUGGGAACCAUUCAUAUACUAUGGUGAGAAAUAUUUUGUAAUUCACAAAUACUAAACAUAACAUUAUACAACAGAGUUUUUCCCACUUUAUUACAUAUGUUAUAAAUUUUGGAAAUAAUGUAUGAUAAAUAAUACAUAUCAUUUUGUAAUUUCUUUUAUUACGCACAUGAGAUUUUGUUCAGUAAGCACAAAUAAAGUUAAUUAUUAUUUUUUAUUUUGCAAGUUUAUUUAAAAAUUUUUAUAUAAUAAAAAAAAAAACAAAGAUAAUCGCCCCCUUAA